AUGAUAUUUCUAGGCGAUGGAGGUAUUGAGACGGUCCCUUUGUGUCAGCAACACAGUCCCAGUCUUGCACUCUAUGAGGAAGAGUACAAUACGCAAGGACAGAAGAUUGGACAAAUGUUGCGGUCAUUAUCGUUGUAUAAUGCAGUCAUGCAAAAUCCUGAAGAGACUGAACCCAAUCCAAAAACGGCCAAAAAGGUGAGAAUCUCAGGCAUAGUUUCUUUUGUCUUCAAUGAUUGCCACCUAUCGAAAUCGUUACUUAUGAACCAAACGCCUUUAUCUACGCUUUUAAUCGCGAUUACUAUACGGCGUAAAAAAUUCUUCCUUGUUCACGAUCUAUUCAUCUUUUCACUUUACAAUUAUCGACUCUCAAGAAGUUGGUGA